ACACAUCAUAGGUGGGCGCAGUCAGAGCGGACUUCUUCUAGCUCUGCUUGGCAGCGGUGUUGGGUUCUCCUCUCAGCUGCACUCUCUGAGGUCACUAGCCUUGCUCAGGUUGAACCUGUCCGAACCCUAGCGGCCAACACAACCGCCUGCCUUGUCGAGAGGGAUCCACUUUAAUGAACAGGUUACUGGAGGUCCCUCGAUCCUCAGAUUACUCGAUGAGAUGGCAGAAAAUGGAGCAGAGCACGAAUUGUCACAGAGGCGUGUAGGAGUCAAGGAGCAGCAAAAUGGGAAAUUUGCUGACCCGUCCUUGGCCGAGCAGAAGCGGCGGGACCGUGAGGAGAGGCUGCAGCUGGUCCUGUGGAAGAAGCCCGUCCUCUGCCUGCACUAUUUCCUGCUGGAGUCCCUCAUAACCGUGAAGGAGUGGACCCGCAAGCUCUUGCAACAGAGGGUGAUGGUGCUUGCUAUGCUGUUGGUGCUGGUGUUCUUCUCCAUCGCCUACUCUAUUGAAGGAACACAUCAGAAGUAUGUGCAGUACUUGGAGAAGAAGGUCCUGUGGUGUGCCUACUGGGUGGGCCUGGGCAUCCUGUCAUCCGUGGGGCUGGGGACCGGCCUGCACACCUUCCUGCUUUACCUGGGUCCACACAUAGCGUCGGUCACGCUGGCCGCGUACGAGUGCCGCUCCGUGAACUUCCCCGAGCCCCCCUACCCUGACCAGAUCAUCUGCCCCCAUGACGAGGCGGCGGAGGACAGCAUCUCCCUGUGGACCAUCAUCUCCAAAGUCCGCCUGGAGGCCUGCAUGUGGGGGGCUGGUACCGCCAUUGGGGAGCUGCCUCCGUACUUCAUGGCCCGGGCAGCAAGGCUUUCGGGAGCCGAGCCUGACGAUGAGGACUACGAAGAAUUUGAAGAGAUGUUGGAACAGGCCGAAAACGCUCAGGACUUUGCUACCAGAGCAAAACUAGCUGUCCAGACAAUGGUGCAGAAAGUUGGAUUUUUUGGAAUUCUAGCUUGUGCCUCUAUUCCAAACCCCCUGUUUGAUCUGGCUGGUAUAACAUGUGGCCAUUUUCUUGUGCCUUUUUGGACCUUCUUUGGAGCAACACUCAUCGGAAAAGCCGUUAUCAAAAUGCACAUCCAGAAACUGUUUGUUAUCAUAACGUUCAGCAAGCACAUAGUGGAACAGAUGGUGUCCCUGAUCGGAGCUGUCCCCUUACUGGGCGCCUCUCUGCAGAAGCCCUUCAGGGAGUACCUGGAAGCGCAGAGGGCUAAGCUGCACCACCGGGCCGGCGAGGGAACCCCUGCGGGGGAGAACUGGCUGUCCUGGGUGUUUGAGAAGGUGGUGAUCAUCAUGGUCUGUUAUUUUGUCUGUUCUAUCAUUAACUCCAUGGCACAGAGCUAUGCCAGACGCAUCCAGCAGAAGAAGCAUAGCGAGGAGAAAACCAAGUGAUGCUAAAGACUGACUUCACUUUCAGCUCUCAUUCAGAACACACAAAGAAAAAAAAAAACGGCUUCCUCUCCAUUUUGCAAUUAACGUAUGUUACAGAACUGGCACUGUUCAAAGAGUGGGCAUAUUUAUAAAUAUUUUCUCCUUCGGUAGUACUUCAGGUUCUCGGUUUACAAUGUUUUCUGACAUAAUUUAUUGCUGAAUGUCUUUAUACACGUACAUUGUUUAGCUUUUUUAAGAGGUAUUCUGUUGGGCGUGUGAUAAAGAUCCUCAAGUGUAGUAAUUUAAUAUAUCAUUUCAGGCAUUGAGCAGCUCAACAGCAGCAGUGUAAAAGCUUGCUGCUGGCACUAAUACUUGUUGUUGCAAGGCCUUAUGCAACAUUGUGUGGUCCGGCUUCCAUUGAAGUAAACAGAGGUCUAACUUAGUAGACCUGAUUUAUUUAAUUGUGUAAUUGUAAGGAUGACGAAGGCUGUUUUAGGUGUUUUUUUUCAGUGUUUGUUGUAAUUGUAAUAAUAUGGGCAUAUAUUCAGGGCGUAUUUUUUAUUUUAGCUUAUUUAUGGAUAAUAUGAAGUCAUUUUGUGUCUCACACUAUUUUACGAGGAUAGCAAUAUCAAACCGGAUAGACAUGGUAUUAAAACAGAUUGCACAUCUUGUAAAUAAUUAUUUUUGGGGAGACUGACAGUAUGCACGUCUAUAGGGAGGACAAAAGUAGUAACGAACCAGAAAAAUAAUAACUAAUGUAACGACUCAUUUGUACUCAUUUGUAAUUGUACAUACUGCUACUACUGUCAUUUUUAACCUGUACAUUUAGACUUGACUUUUUGAUCAGACUUUAUAAAGCCACCAUGAAUCAUUCAGUAGUUUCCCUGUCUGGUAUUAUUGUGUUUUUCUGAGUUCUUGUAGAAAGUAAGAAAUUCGGGAGUGGAAUUUCAAAAUGGCGAAUUCAAAACCGCUGGUGAAUUUAGUUUUUUUUUUUUGUUUUUAAUAUAAAGCGAGUCGACUUUUGGUGCUCUUUUAGGAUUAAGAAAAGAAUCAAGGGUGAGCGUGUGCACUGUAUUGUUCUGACCCGAAGCAUCCGUUGGAUUUGUGUUGCGGAGCGGAAAGUUCUAGAUUCUCUCAGUAUUCCCAAACCGAAGGCCAGUGCAAGGAGGAUGGCGGUCUGUGGGUGUGGUGUACCUAAACCUUAACUGUGUGUGCAAGCUCGUGUUCCACAUUUCCGUUGCGGGAGGUCACUUACUGUACACGGUGUGAUGUCAUCCCUUAAUUCGCCUCUCUUUAAGCGUGUGGGAACCGUUUGCCUGUGAACAGAACUGAGAUCCAAGAUUUGAUUUUUUUUUUCUCCCCCCCCCCCUCCUCAUAAUUGCUUGUGAAAUGUUUCCCGGCAUAACGCUCCUACGGUAUGCUGGAAUCUGGAAGCUGCAGGCGAGCGAACAGGAGUCGCUCAGAGGGGAAGCUGCUGCGCCGUUAACUCAGAUGAACCCGUCGCAUGCCUCUCAGAAGCUGCGCCGGCCAGGGCUAUCCGAGAGCGCGCUCCGCUAAUUCAAACCGGCGCACGUGAACGCUGUGAGCGUUUUUUUUUUUUUUUUAAAAGCGGUCGUUUGUUCAGAGAUUGUGGGCAGCGGUGCGUGUUGGAGGGCCUUAGCCCUGUUUGAAAGCAAGCAGCGCAGUUCACUGACCUGGUAAGUAAAGGCAGGUUUUUUUUUUUUUCCUCUUAGCUGUGUGAGUCUGACCCUUGUCACUCAGACAUGUCCAUCACUCUCCCAUCCUGUCAGAUAGCUUAUCAGACUGGUGUUGGCUGUUACAUCACAUGGCGACAACAGUCUGUAGGCUGUCUGACACUUUGGGCCCUUUCAUCUGACCAGCAUCCUGUUUUUAUGAUUUUUUUAUGAUUUAUUUCUUUCAAAUUAUUACUGUGACAUCAGUUCCCAUUUUUCACUGUUUCAACUCAGUGUCGGUGCCUCUUUCCCUCAACAUGUAAAGUGGUUCAGUGGCUGAUAUUCAGCAAGUCAGGGUUCUUGAUGCUAAUUGUGCUGUUUUAUUGUGCUGUAUGUUUGUGGAUUUCAGCUCUGUGUGUCUUUAGCUCUGCCCAACGCCGAACGCCUCCUCCUGCCUUUCCCAGUAGUGCUAUUACCUUCCUGUAAUGUGGGCUUAUCUGUUCCAGGGCUUGGCUCUGUCUCCUUGAAUUUCCUGAAUCACGAAAGCACACCUUAUUGCAACAUAUCCAUUGUGACACUAGGCAUGGUUACUCUGUGUUCUGCAGUACCCACACCGUUGUGCACUUCCCUAUUAUCUUAAAGUCGCCCGUUUCGCUGUUGCUCAAUAUCAGUUUUUUUUUUUUUUUUUUUUUUUUUUUUCUGAGGCUGUAGUUUGUUGUUAAGCAAAAUUUUGCCCUGGGGCCUCCAUGUGUAAAUGUUAAGUGACUCCUGAGAAGGCUGUUCAUUGUGAUUCCAGAGGUCAUGAAAUGGUAGUGAGCUGGGCCAGGGAAGGUUACCUUUGAAGAAAUGACUUCAGGAGAAGGUAAUGUUUCUGGAAGGCAAUGAUGGGAAACUUUUUUUUUUUUUUAUUAUUUGAAUUUUUGAAAAAAAAAAUCAGAAUAACUGGAAUGGCUGUUUGGCUUCACCAGUCUUGGGAGUAUGUUUUUCUUGGCCGUUUACAGGACGUCCUGUUCCACAAGGAAUCUCCCUCCACUGCUUUGAAAAAAAAACGUGCCUGUGUAAGUGUGUGUGCGUGUGUGUGUCAGUGUCUUUCACAUGUGUUUUUCUUUUACUAAAAUAAAGAGUUACACUAAA